CGUUAAUUGAUGGUCAAUUUAAUUUUAGCCUUUAGUUUGCCUAAAAGGGCUAUAAAGUUAUUUUCCUUAAACCCAAUCGCAAACCCUAAAUCCCAAACUCCAUAACUCUUUCAGACCAAGAUCAGUACUAUAGGAUUCUUUUUCUGAUUACUGAGAUCGAAGAAAAUGGGUGACAAGAAAAAGAAAGCUACGAUCUUCAUUCGACUUGUUUCAGCUGCUGGAACUGGGUUUUUCUAUGUGAAGAAGAAGCCAUCGAGAAUGGUGGAAAAGCUUGAGUUUAGGAAAUUUGACCCUCGAGUGAAUCGUCAUGUCCUAUUCACUGAGGCCAAAAUGAAAUGAAGUGAAAAUAGACCAAAAAUUGGGUCCAUAGGUUUGUUAUUGUUAAGCUUUAUUUCUUCUUUAUUUUGUUCAAUACUCAGAUUUUUUUUAUGUGUCUUUUUUAGACAAUCUUGUUCUAUGAUAUGAAAUAGAAUCGGGUUCUAAUUAUUAAUUGAUUCUGCUAGUGGGUUUAUUCUCUCAAGCUAUAUUGAAUGAGAGAAUUGAUUCAUAUCUGAUUUUUAUUGAAAAAUAAAGUAAAAUAAAGAUUAUGUAUGUAUA